AUGAAUAAGCUAGCAGUAUUUAUCUCCCUGCUUUUGGUGGUCCAUGAAGUCCAUGUUUUCUCCAUGGCUGCUUCUGUAGCGCGUAAAGGUCCAGAAACUGCACCUGCAUUUAAGCCUUCCCCGGCUCCGUCACCUGCACCCAAGCCUUCACCAAAGCCCUCCCCUGCACCUAAGCCUUCACCCAAGCCCUCCCCUUCACCCAAGCCUUCACCCAAGCCCUCCCCUUCUCCCAAGCCUGCACCUGCGCCAAGGCCUUGUCCCUCUCCUACACCUUCGCCUGCUCCUGCCACUUGCAGAUAUAUUAGAGCCUUUUAUCCCUGUCUCGGGUUGUUGAUCCGUCCAACUCGUUGGGGAGUUCGUCUAUGUUGCCUCGCGAUAAGAACACAGCCACAAUGCAUUUGCCCGUUUAUGACGAGCCCUGCAAUUAAAAUGCAUACAACUCCUGCUACUGGAAAGAUUUUAGGACGUGUUUGUCGUUAUGACUUUCCAGACUGCUUCGGCCAACAGUAA